UCAUUAAAAAAUUGCAUCCAUAAAUUAAAUUUCCAAAGGCAUCACGGGAGUAAAGACGAGCAAGAAACUGUCUCUAAGCUUAACGACAAGAAUGAUAUUUCAUUCAUAUGGUGUUUGUUUACAGGCAAGGGCCACCACAAGCCGCUGGGCCACACGCGUGGCGUGAGAAGCAUCUGGAAGUGACUUCCUACCCCCUUUGCCCCUAUAUCUUGCAAGGAGUCUGUGGGAUCCCACCAAAAAAGAGCGUCAGAAAUUGCGGAGCCCGUUUGGCGGGCACAUAAACACGAUCUCAUGGCUCUGGAGGCUUGGUUGAUGGAUGAGAACGAUGGGGACCAGAGGCUUCCGCACCAUCGGAACCCAAUAGAGUUUGUAUCCCUGGACAAGCUUGAAGAGCUUGGGAUUUUGUAUUGGCAUUUGGACCCCAAAAACUAUGAGCAUAACGAAGAACUGAAGAAAAUUCGAGAAAGCCGAGGAUACAACUAUAUGGACCUUCUGGAUUUAUGCCCUGGGAAAGUUGAGAAUUAUGAGGAAAAAUUGAAGAACUUUUACCGAGAGCACAUCCAUGCUGAUGAAGAGAUCCGUUAUUGUUUAAAAGGAAGUGGGUACUUUGAUGUGCGGGACGAAGAGGAUCGCUGGAUACGAAUUUGGAUCAAGGAAGGGGACAUGAUCGUGUUGCCUGCUGGAAUCUACCAUCGCUUUACAUUGGAUACUUCAAACUAUGUAAAGCUAAUGAGAUUGUUUGUCGGAGAACCUGUUUGGACUGCUUUCAACCGACCCCAGGAGGACCAUCCAGCAAGGCAAGGAUAUAUCAAGAAUCUGUUUGAGAGUUCAGGCCUUGCUCUCGAGGCACAUUAGUGUGUCUUGAGGCCCAUUUACGGUUAGCUAUAAUCUUAGAGGUGAGAGUCUUGAGCUGUGUCAUGGAAUAUGUCUAUUGUAUUUACCAUAAUGAUACUUUGUAAGGACAAAUCUAGAAUCCUUGUUAUUAAACUGAUAACUGCUUGACAUGAUGCCUAGCAAAAGGUAGAGGUUUAGGAACUCAAUAUGUUAUCUUUUUUACUUGUUGAAAAUCUGUUAAAUAUAUAAUAUAUGUAGUACA